AUGGAGAAAUUACUGAUGCUGAUUGCAGCGCUGUUAGUAUCGGUGUUGAUGGUGUUUGGGACGGAGUUGAACCCCUGCCGUCCACCGCCGGAUGUGAAAGUGUGCGGCUGCUCGGAGGGAGUCUCCAGAACCAACCCUGGAGAAACCUGCACGGUGUGUGCGUGUGGACCAGACAACAACACCAGGGACUGCUUUGUUUAUCGACAUGUUUGGCUGGACAUCGCCCCAUGGUGGGCAGUAGAGGAAAGUGGAGGAACGUUCUGCAACGAUGAUGAAUGCCUGGAGACCGUGGAUAAAGCAAAGAACGCAUUUGACGGCGAACUGGGAACCUUCUGGGAGCCGCUGUACGAACCGACCGGGUACCGACACUGGGUCAUCCUCGAUCUGCAGAAGGUGUGGAGGAUCUACCGGAUUGGGAUUGCCAAUUAUGGCGACAUCGUGCACGACGUCAUGAGCUUUCUGUUAGAAAGUUCCCCCAGCAAUGCGUAUAAUUGGGGAUUUGUUGACAGCUCUGACGGGGUGCAGGCAGGACUUACUUCCCUGCAAACCUUUGACGUUUACACUCAAGCUCAGUUCCUGAGGAUCACUGUGGACACACAUAGCGGGGAGGGACCGAGGAUUCGGGAAAUUUCCCUCUACGGCACAGAUCAACCACCACUAGCCGAGCCGUGUGCUGUGGUCCAUACCGGCUGCAUCUUGAAUGAGGCAGCUGAGAAAAAAGCUCCCCCUGCUGACCAGCAGUGUUAUGUCAUCGCUGAUAUUCAUGAAGGAAUUCGCGAUAUAGAGAAUGCUCUUUCGGUUCAUCGGACCGGCAACAUUACCUUCCACGGCGAGCUGUCUAUUGAAUGUGUGGAAGAUCAUGAGAUCAGCUUGUACUGGACAUUACGAGGAGAAGGACCGGUAACAUCCGGGCCGCCGUUGGACGACAUUUUACCCGAGGACAUGCCAGACAACAACCUACAUUUUUCCGUCCCACCACGGACAUUACCACUCGGACUCUACAUGGUACAGGACGCGGGAUACUACACCAUCCGGCUGACUGACACAUUCGGAAUCUGGAAGAAGAUUUCAGAGUGGAGAUUCCAAGUCCUGCCCACCCCUUUCCCGGGCUCAGGUAGUGAGCAAACUGCAGGUGGAGACCUUCAGGAUCUAUCAGAAUUGUGCACUCUACUCCCGGCCGCUGGUACUGCUUUGAUUGACAGAUUCUGCGUAACUUGCCAAGAAUUUGUUGAUCUACUUGGCCCGCUGGAGACGCAGGUGACGUUUGAGCUGGAACCGUUAGCUGAAAUCGCCACGGUGACGUUUCCUGGACACCAGGAGCCUACACUGAAUGAAGUUGUCCUAAAAACGUUUACCGGAUGGGUUCGAUAUACAGACAUAUUUGAUCUUCCAUCUGGAAUCGUGAGUUUACAUGUGCGCUUUGGGUCACCUGAUGGUCGCUUCAUUGAAUUUGAUAUGGAACCUGCACUGUUUCUGGAGUCCAACUUCAACCCGUUCGAAUAUUCCAACAACUCCCGCAUCAUCCGUGCUGACGUCACGGGCCUUCACGUCAAGUGUGGAAACGUCACAAUUCCGGUUUCCGGACUGAGUCAGCCAAACGACAUCUUAACUAGCCGGAAAAACGGAAGUCUUGAAAACUCGAUGUAUGUUUUCAAGGCGUCUGAACCUCUUGGUAGUCUAACUUAUUUCAAGUUCUUUGUGAAGAAAAAUCAGUCGGCAUUAAGCUUCAGCUUUGACUACAACAGCGCCUUUAUGUUGCAAAACAUCACCUUGUUUCUCCGCAAGGAGACGCCGCCGACUCCUGAGGACUACAACUGGACCACCACCCUGCCUGUUCCUGAUGAAAAGGCAGGGAUGAUGUCCAAUGCCAGCCACAUCCACUGCCGAUGCGACCAUCUGACAAAGUUUAGCGGCUUCGUUACCCCGAACCCUCUCAACAUCGCUGCGGCGCUGUCUGCCAACGUUCUAGAGAACCCAGCAGGGCUCAUCCUCGUACUUACUGUGCUCGGCAUGUACUUCAUGGGGCUUGUGUGGACAAGAAAACAGGACAGAAGGGACUUAGCCAAGGUUGGAGUUGGAAUCCUACCCGGACACAGACUGAACCCCAGAAAGGAUUGUCAAUACGUCAUCACUGUUUACACUGGAUUCAAGGGGAAUGCUGGGACAACUGCAGAGGUUACCAUCGUGCUUUACAGCCAAGACAGGGAAAGUCCUCCCUUCACACUGAGUGACUCAAGGAGAAUAACUUUUGAGAAGGGCAGCGUGGACUCCUUUCUCGUGUCGACAUCAGAGCCACUUGGAGAUCUGAUUUACCUACGUGUGUGGCACAACAAUGCAGGGUACAGCCCUGCAUGGUUCCUUAGUCAAAUUGUAGUGACUAACAGAGCGAACAACAAGCCGCACAUUUUUCUCUGCAACAGAUGGUUUGCUACCGACGAGGAUGACGGGAAGGUUUAUCGGCUGCUGCCUGAAUCUGGACCGGAUGAGAUGAAGGAAUUUCGCCUCUUAUUUCUGGCAAAAAGCUCGAGGGACAUGAACGACGGCCACCUGUGGUUCUCCGUGGCGGGCCGCCCGGCACGAAGCCCGUUCACCCGAGUCCAGCGCCUGUCCUGCUGCCUGACGCUGCUCUACAGCACCAUGAUCACCAACAUCAUGUUCUUCGGCCGCGGGGACGACUUCGACCCGCCGGAACCACUCAGAUUCGCCGGGGUGGAGAUCAACCCACCUCUUUCCUUACCGCAGAUCAUGAUAGGUCUACAAAGCGCUGCCAUCAUCCUGCCUGUCAACCUACUCAUCGUGUUCCUCUUCAGAAAUUCUGACUCCCGACCCGCAAAGAAGCAAAAGGAAAACUCGGGCAACAAUGUGCCUUUACACAAUCUGGCUAAGUAUCUGCCACAUAAGAAAUCAGCAAAUAAAACUCGCACAGUUGUUUCGUAUGACAGUGGCGUUGACACUCCGUCAUUUUGGCACAGGGAGGAAAAUGAUGCUAAAUUACAAAAUCAUUCUCCAUCACGUACCUAUACAGGACCGAUCCGUCUGUUCUUUGAAAAUAUUAAGAAGAAAAUCACCACCGAUAAGGAAACGGAUGACUUCAGAAAGACGGGAACACCAGCCAUUCCGUGGUGGGCUGUUUACUUCGCCUGGCUGAUUGUCUGGUCCGCGAGCUUCGUGGCUGCGUUCUUCACCGUCCUGUACUCCCUGAGUUUCGGACGUGCAAAGGCGGAGGCGUGGCUCUUCACUUUUCUGACGUCAUUCCUCACCGACCUGUUCCUGGUGCAGCCGUUCAAGCUACUGUUGGUCGCCAUGUUGUUUGCCUUAUUAGUCAAGGAACCUAUUGAAGAUGACGACCCCGAGCCUGCCCCAUUACACAUUGAUGAAGAUUACCUCCUGGAUAACACACGGAUGGUGGAAAACCGACAAUGGUCAACGGCAACAGGGUGGAUGCGUUAUAUGUGGGCAGAGAAGGAUGAAACUCGCCAAUUUACAAGUCAAAAGACGCCUGGAAUGGUGCAUUCUGACUCUCCACCCGAUGAAUCCGCACUAGCCGUACAACGCGCUCAGAACACACAGAAACGCAGGAGACGUAAACAGAUAGUUGAGGUGUUGAUGUUUGGACUAUUCUUGACCGUGAUUAUGUUGACGUCGUACGGAGAAAGAAGCCCCUUGGCUUUCUACGUGACGAAGGAUGUGCAGGGGCUUAUUCUUGAGAGUGGCGACAUCAGUUUCUCAGAGAUCGAAGACAUCCCUUCGUUCUGGACUUGGGUGAAAACCGGGUUGAUCCCUGCCACCCAUGUGUCCCGAUGGUACAACGGUUGGAGCGUCACGGAGACCAUGGUCCUGGAUGACAUGUUAACUCACCCACUGGGACCAGUGCAGCUGAGACAGGUGCGACUUAAGCCAGGGAUACACUGUGAACCACCUGAGAGAAUGGUGACAGUGACCUCUCGCUGUGUGCCGGUGUAUUCUCUGGGUUUAGCCGACACACAGAACUACACAGAACGCUGGAACACCACUGCAAACACCACGGGCGAAUCUCUUUGCAUUUCAACAGCAACAGAAUCACUUGAGCUUAACGACUGUUUGUCAGCAGACGAUGGUGGACAGGAUCCAUGGAGGUACAAGUUCGCCCCCGUCAUCGAUGCUUUCCCGUACUUUGGAAAACAUGGCACCUACUCAGCCGGUGGCUACGUCACGUCUUUGGGAAGAACUGAACAAACCAGUUUAGCUCGUGCAGCUUACCUACAGCGACUAGACUGGCUGGACGACAAGACACGGGCAGUUUUUAUAGAACUCACCCUGUACAACCCGCACGUCAACUUGUUUUCCGUGGUUUCCAUGGCAGUAGAGUUCACCAAUCUCGGAGCCACUUACAAGGGGUCAGAGGUCGUGACCUUGAGACUUAUCCAACGAGACGCCAUCUUGCUUCUCGCUCUGAGAGGAGUCUUUGUUCUGUUGGUUCUUGUGUAUGCAUUUAAGGAGGGUAAAGCGUUGUUGUCACGCCCCUUUGACUAUCUGAGUGAGUUCUGGAGCUGGGUAGAGCUUCUUGUCAUCUCUGUUGGCUUCUCCGCUCUCGGUGUCUACUUCUACACUCAGAGUAUCAUCGACGAAGUCGCAGUGCAGCGUGCGGCCGGAAACUCCUCCUUCACAGGUUACAAAAGCGCCGUCAGCUGGUACCAGGUCUACACCUACCUUCUGGGCCUUCUCAUCUGCUGCUCUACGUUCAAGUUCGUCCAGAUCCUCCGCUUCAACUCUCACGUGUACGCCUUGUCCAUGACCUUGAGACGAUCUCUCAAGCCUGUAACACAGUUCAUGUUCACGGCUGGAAUCGUCAUCAUGGCUUUUACCCAGACGGCAAGCUUGAUUCUCGGUGUCAAGCUCAUGGAGUACAAGAACAUAACAUCUAGUCUACAAAGCCUUCUGUUGACGAUGUUAGGUAGCUUUGAUUUUGAAACCUUAAGUUACGGACAUUCAAUUCUAGGGCCUUUAUUGUUUUUCAUGUACCAAUGUAUGAUGCAGUUUUUCUUGUUAAGCAUGUUUAUGGCAAUCAUAAUGGACGUGUACGCAGAUGAAAAUCAACCCACAAACCAAGAAAGGCUAGAGUUUAAUGACUUUUUAAGAGAAUCCGCCUCAAAGACAAUAAGAAAAGUAAAGGGUUCUUCUCAACGUACUUUCCGUGAGAGAAAAGGUGUACAACGAAAAGACAGGCGGGAUAUGGUUACGCAGAUAGAUCAAGUGGUUGCUAAGUUUGGUACGUACGACACAUUCCAACUACUAGUCUCUAAAGUACAACUAGACGCGUGUAUAUGCAGCGUUCCUGUAUGGUCCAACCAGAUUUUUUUUUUAAUUUAG